AUGGCUGUCCUCUCGCAAUACAACUACGUCUUCGCCAUUGGCACCUUCUUCGCUUUGCUCGAUGCAUACAACAACGGUGCCAACGAUGUCGCCAACGCCUGGGCUACCAGUGUCUCAUCACGGUCCAUCUCUUACUUGGCAGCCAUGGUCUUGUCCGCUAUAUUCGAGACGGUCGGCGCCGUCGCUGUCGGUGCGCGAACUGCUGAGACCAUAAAGAACGGCAUCAUCCCGCCGACGGUUUUCAAGGGCGACGCUGGUGUCCAGAUGCUUGCUUUCACCUGCGCUCUUGCUGCUGCUUCCUCGUGGGUCAUGUGGUGCACCCGUCACUCCGCUCACGUCUCCUCGACAUACUCCCUCGUGUCUGCCAUUGCCGGUGUUGGUGUCGCAGUUGCCGGAGCCGAAAACGUCCAGUGGGGCUGGAAUGGCGGAAAGGGACUUGGUGCCAUCUUCGCCGGCUUGGUCAUGGCUCCCUUCAUCUCUGGCGGCUUCGCCGCAACCAUCUUCAUGAUGAUCAAGCUCAUCGUCCAUGUGCGGAAGCAACCUGCGAGAUGGGCCGUCUUCACCUCGCCCUUCUUCUUCCUCGUCGCCGGCACCAUUUGCACGCUGUCCAUUGUGUACAAGGGCUCCCCGAAACUGAACCUUAACAAGAAACCGGGCUGGUGGAUCGCAGCCGUCUCCGUCGGUACCGGCGGCGCCUUGUGCCUCCUCUCGGCCCUCUUCUUCGUUCCCUACGUCUAUUGCCGCGUCCUCCGGCGCGACCAAACUCUCAAGUGGUACCACAUCUUCCUCGGCCCCUCGCUGUUCACCCGCCAAGUCCAAGAAGGCGACCGUGCAAAGGUCCCCAACUAUGAGGUUGUCCAGAAAGAUGAGUCUUCAGCCUCGUCCGUCUCUUCCGGCAGCUUCACCGACGGUGAGAUCAAGCCAGCCGCCGACAAUGAUGAAAAGAAUGCCGUUCAAGCGGAAUCCCGCCAGAAGACACAAAAGGAACUCAUCGCCGAGGGAGAAGCCAGGCACCACGCAAACCUCCGCAAGAAACGCGGUCCCAUGGGCUGGGCCAUGCGCACUCUCCACGAGAACCCCAUGGGCCCCGGCCAAAUCUACGAAUUGCACAACAUCAAGACCCUCGCCAAGCGCAUCCCCGCCAUGGUUGUGGUAGCCCUUCUCUACGGCCUCUACUACGAUAUCCACGCCGCUCAGACGGGCAUCGAGGGCACGCCCGAUGGCAAGCGUAUGGAGCGUGUGUAUGCGGCCGCUAAGAAGUACCCCAACGAAGUCGAGCACACCUACUCGUUCGUUCAGAUCAUCACCGCUUGCACUGCCUCGUUCGCGCACGGCGCCAACGACAUCGGUAACUCGGUCGGACCCUGGGCCGUCAUCUACUCUGCCUGGCACACCGGCAACGCGGCGGCCAGCAAGGCUCCCGUCCCGCUUUGGCAGCUGGGUGUGCUCGCCGCGACCAUCUCGGUGGGCCUCAUCACGUACGGAUAUAACAUCAUGAAGGUCAUGGGCAACAAAAUCACCUACCACUCGCCCUCGCGCGGAUCCUCCAUGGAAAUGGGCGCCGCCAUCACCGUCCUCGUCUUCUCGCAGUACAAGCUGCCCGUCUCCACCUCCAUGUGCAUCACGGGUGCCACCGUCGGCGUCGGCCUCUGCAACGGCACCUACCGCGCCGUGAACUGGCAGCGGGUCGGCCUCCUGAUGUUCAGCUGGAUCAUGACCAUUCCUGUCGCCGGCACCCUCGGCGGUGUGUUGAUGGGUUUGAUCCUCAAUGCGCCGCACUUUAAGAGUUAGAUAGAGAGACGGUGGUCAGGAGAGAGGGGGAAAUGGCGUUCGGGGGCAGUCGUCCUUCUUUCAAGUUUGAUAUACUAAUCGUUUGUUGCCAUCCUAUGGCAUGCCAGCGUCUGGUUUGGGUCGCUGGCGUUUGAAAGAUUCCCUCUUUUCUUUUUUUUUCUUAUAGAGUUGUGUACAUAUACCACAUACCGCAUUGGCGAGCAUGCAACGGCAAAAAUCAUCUGAAUUUGGAAUACACUGGCAUCUUUCGCUUGAUUUUCACAUUGCCCGAGUGCUAAACUCGUUGUGGAGAGGAAUGCCCCGUUAUGUCUGAGUUAUCAAGCGUUCGACCUGUAUGCUGUCGUGAGAUGGAGAGGAGAACGGAGGGGGCUGGCGAUCUUCAUGGUUCAAUGUCAAUCACAGAC